AUGGCUCUCAAGGGAACUGCCUAUGUGCCUUCCUCCUCAGGCACAACACAGCUGGGUCGGUCACAUAUGCUCCCCUUCUCUCCACAGCACUUUCCAGCUGUGAGCGGGGCCUUCAUGGAUUCCCGGUAUAACGACGGUGGCGGCGACGCGACGUCCCUGCAGACGUCCUCGUCCAAUCUGAACGUGGCGCUGAGCCGCGCCGGUGAGGCGGAGGAUGACGGGAAGGUCUCCAGCGACGUCAUCUGGCUGUGGAUCGCCGUCAUAGCAACCAUCGGCAACAUCGUGGUGGUGGCCGUGGUCUGCGCCUGUGCCUUUUAG